GUGAUUUUAUUCAGCUAGCUUCACGUAACAUCGAUGAGUAGGACGGGGUGAUAGAAAAAAUCGAUGUAAAAUGUGGAUUUCUCACGUUUACUGAAGUAAAUGCUUACUCUGGCAGCAGUUAUGUGACGGUAUCAAAUUAUUUUAUGUUCGAUUAAGUAUUAAUGUUCUAAUUAUGGCUUGGUUUGGUGGUAAUCUGAAGAAUUUGACCGAAAAUUUGACCGGUCAAUUAUCGAAUGUAGCCACAUCAGCAGCGUCAUUCACACGGGAUGUCAUCGCAGAAGGCACCGAAGAAGUCGCCGAUCACAGCACAGAACUUCAGAUUUCCGAGGGCAAAGUAAGACAUCUUGAAACGGCUAUUGUGGCACUGAGAGCUGAGAAUGAAAGGCUUGGGACUAUCAAUGGAGAGCUGGCUGAGAAGGCCGAGGCAUCGGAACUUCAGAUCAACAGCAUCUCAUCGCAGUAUCGCUCUCUCCUGGUUGAAAAAGAGGACCAGCUGAAUUCCCUGAUUCAGAAACAGAAUGAUAUGCAGAGUUUUCAUCAGAACAUGCUCUCGACCGGGGACGGAGGGUUGACCGCCGCCACGUCCACCUCGUCCCUGUCGGGGUCAGCUAUCAUGAUGGACAGUCACGACUUUGACGAUGUCAUCUCCUCGCAGCAGGAGAUCAACCGUCUAUCCCAUGAAGUGGGGAGGUUGAGGGCGGAGUGCACGCAUUGGAAAGAGAUGGCUGCCGGCAGACAGGAUGGUGCAAAGCCUGUAUUCCAGAUUGGUGACGACUCAUCAUUACAAGGGGAAACAGGAGAAUUGAAAUCCAAGAUAAAGAGCUUGGAAGAGAAGCUACGCCGACGGGAAGACGAGUCUCAGCACGAGCUAUCGGCCCUCCAAGACUCGCACUCUCACAAGCUGAAGACACUGGCCAAUAAACACAAUACUGACGUCGAAGAUUACGAGAGAAAGAUCGAGAGCCUGGAGAAGAUGAUUGGCUAUGGGCAGAGAACUUCUGAUAGUGGUCUGGACGAUGGCAAUGAUCUACAAAAGAGAGUUCUGGAACUUGAAGGGAUUCUCCAUGAGACUCGGCAACAGGUCGGACAGCUCGAAGAAUCCAACUACCAGCUCGAGAAAGAGAACGCUCGGUUGACCGAAUCGGACCGGGACAACACGAGACUCGUCCAGACGCUCAAACGCAAGGUCGACAUUCUCGAGAAGGACCGGUCAAAGCUGGAGAAGGAGGUCAAAGGGCACUCGGGGUCACCCACCGCUGACGGUGAAGUUGCCAAUUUGAGGAAGGAAAAUGAUGAGCUGAAACACGAAGUGGAGCAUCUUAUGAAAGUUGUAAACAGACAGGAGACGGAACUGGAGGUGCUUCUUGGGUCGCAUGAACAGGUCAGAGAAGAGCUUUUUGCCACUAAACAAAGACUGCUCACGGAACUGAAUGCCUCUCAUGCAAACACAAGUGCAAUGCUAGAGGACAUCCACAAUGCCGGGAGGAAGUUUUCGACGGAAGAAGCUCUGCGAAGGUCUAAACUGCUCAAAGAAAAACAAGAGAUUGUUGAUAAAAUGAUCACUGCUGGGCAAAAGAUGUCUGAUAGCAAGGCUGCAGUGGCCACCUUGGAGGCGGCCACGCUGGAGAUCAGCGACCAGGCUGCGGAGAUCGUAUCUGAGAUCGGAUGUAGUCAGCAUCAGGAGAUCACUGCCGACUUCGUCAGUAGCCUCGAGAAGGAGAAUGAUCUCCUCAAACAUCAUGUUUCAAGACUACAGAAUGAGAUUGAUGAACUCAACCAGUCUUGUGAGACUUUAACAGAUGACAAGCAGAAAUGUGAGACCCUAAUCACCAAUCUCAAUCAAAAAGUCAAAGAACUUUCAGGUCAUGACGCCCAGGGGUUAGAGCAACGACCCUCCGACCCUUCUCAGUCCGAGUCCGAGAUGACCCUUGUGACCGGCGAAAGUGACCACGAGAGUCUGCCUCGUCCAGUGGGUGCGGCCGCCCAAGAUGGAGGUCAGAUUCGGAGGCACAUCUCGUAUCGCAGGCCGCAGUCUCCCACGGACUCCAGCGUGGCAUCGGACCUGAGUUCGUCGAUGAGGGAGGGCUGGACGUUGGAGACGGAGCUGAGCAGCGACGGGGGGUUCUUGACGGAAGGCAAGCAGUCUUUUCUGGAGAACUCCGAUGCCGUGAGCUUUGACGGGGAAUAUGACGACUCUAUCAUGUUUGCUGGUAUCAAGGAAAAAUUCCCAGAAGCGGCAGAUGCUCUUAAACAGCAGUUGAAUCAGUUUGAGAUGGUCAGAGCCGACUGGGAGAUGGAAAAACAAGCUUUGGAGGAGGUCGUCAUCAGAAUGAGGGAUCAACUGAAAGAAAGAGAUCGUACUAUUCAGGAUAUGACAGCAGAAAAGGGUCUAAUGGCUGUCCAUAAGGAGAAUGUUGAAGACCUUGAAGAGAGGGUCAAAACCCUGCAACGUGAUCAUACCAGAUUACUGAGAGAGAAGGAAACUGCAGAAAAGGAAAAUGAAGAGAUGGUUGAGAAGCUGAACGUGCUGGAAGGAGAGAGGAGCGACCUUAAUUCUUCAAUAUCAUGUAUAUCAAAAGCCAAAGAUGAACUUGAAAACAAACUUUCUGAAGUAGAGUCCAAAUUUAGUGCAAUAGAAAAUCAGUUAGAAACAAGCCGUGGGGAUGUCGAACAAGAACUAAAUAGAACAAAUGAUGAGAAAGAACAAUUGGAGUCUGAUCUAAGUCAGCUUGAUGCCCAGCAUCAGACAGCUUUAGAGCAGAUUAUUGCUUCUAGGGAUAAGCUAAUCCAGGAGAUUAAGGAUAAGGAAUCAGAGAUUAGGGAUGUGAAUGGCAGAUUUGUUGAACAGAGUGCAGAGUUGGAACAGUCGGUGGCAGAUAAAGCACGUCUGGAGUCAGAGAUAGAGGAAGUGAGAGAGGACCUUAGCACCAGCAGAGCUGAUCUCCUGGACUCUGAACAGAUGAAACAAGAACAGGCUGUUGCUAUGACAACUCUGCGGACCAAACUCCAAGCCAUGCAGGACGAGCAUAAUGAGUUGUUGAAGGAGUUUGAUGAAUUUAAGCGGGAAUCAGAGAUGAAUGCAGCUUCAAAGAUGGAGGUGGAGAAGCAGAAGCAGGCAGAUGAGACCGACCUGCCAAGCAGAGAGGACUUACAAUCGCAAAUCUUGGCGUUGACUGACAAACUGAACAGUUUACAAUCUACAGAGCAAAGUAAGACGUCACCUAAUGAGAGUGUUGCCUACCUGGAACAUGAACUCUCAAGGACUCACCAUGAGAUCGAGGAGCUAAACAAGAGCAUUGAUGAGCGCGAUGCCAAGCUCCAGGAGUUGAGCUCGCACCGCGCUGAACAUUCCAAGCUUCUGGACGAGAAGGCUGAAGAGAUGCAAGCCUUGAAGACAGAGAAUGAACAACUGCAAGAGGAGGUUAAGUCACGGGACGAGGUCUUGACAAAGUCACAUGGUGAGCUCAUGAAGCUACAGGCUGACCUUGCGGCUAUUAAGUCUGGUGCUAAAAGACAGGAGAAUGCUCAAGAACAGGAGCGAACUUUGGCGGAACAGCUGCAGAAAACGUGCGAUGAGUUGAGGACGGAACUGAAAUCCAAGAAGGAAUUGCUGGAAUCCGCAACCGAAAGCAGGAAAGAAUUGGAAGAACUUAUUGAACAGAAAGAAGAGGAUGUGAGAGCUCUCGCCGAUGAGAAUUCUCAUUAUUUCAAAAAUGUAGAAAAGUCGAAAGACAAAAUUAGUGAACUCUCUGCUAAGGUCAAGGAAUUGGAGAACGUAGAACAGCAACUUCAAGAUACAAAGAACAACUUUGAAACAUUAAAUGCAGAAUUAGAAGAAACAAAAUUAGAGUUGAAGAAAAAAUCUGCUUCUGAAGGAGAACAUAUUAAAACGUUACAUGCUUAUGAAGAAGAAGUAAAAAAUCUGAAGAGGAAUAUUGUGCAGCACGCUGAUUCAACGAGGAUAGAGAAAGAAAGUCUUCACUUGGAAGAAGAUAAACUUGUGGAAGAAUUGAAGGAAAGUUCAAAGAAAAUUGAGAAUUUGACUGAUGAAUUGCACACUGCAGAAUUAGAGUUAUCUGGCGUCAAAGCAGAGUUGGAAGCUGCGAAGAGAGAAGUCGCAACUAAAGGUAGUCAAUUAUCAGAGUCAAACGAUAGGAUAAAAGCAUCAGAGGAAGAAAUUGGACAACUCAAAAGUCAAGUUGCAGCUUUGACGGAUCAGGUGGAUGUUGGUGAAACCAACCUGACUGCUGUUGAACAGCUUCAGAAGGAGUUGGAUAAGAAAAGUGCAAUAAUUGAUGACCUCCAACAAGAGGUCGAGGCAAAUCGUGCUGAUUUGGAGAGUCGGUGUCAAACAUUCCAGGAAAGCAUUCAAAGUAAGGAGAGUGAAAUCAGUCGGUUAGACUCAUCAUUGACUCAACUGCGGAGUCAGAAAGAGUCACUUGAUGAGUCAAUCGUUGCCUAUGAAAGUCAGAUCAAGGAUUUGCAAAGGACCAACCAACAGAAAGACGACGAUGUCAACAGGCUGCGGGAGGAAGUCAGGAACAUCACCACACAGCUUCAACAGCCAGCUGAACAACCCUUGCAGAAUGGUGAAAUGAAUAGGAGUGUGAAUGAAAGGAUAGAAGAUACCCUGUCCCCUUCAAGCCCAUUCAGUAAAUCUCCAACUGGUGUCUUCCAAGGUCAGGAUGGCUCCAUCAGUGACAACGAAAAGCACUAUGAGAAGAUCAUCCAGGAAAGGGACAAGGAGAUAGGCAUGCUUCAGCAUGAACGGCAAAGUCUCCUUACUAGUCUGAAUGAGAAGUCAUCAUCAACCAUGGGCAAUAGCGUCCUUGUGGACCUCCACAAGAACCAAAUGAAAGUGAAAACCCUAGAGUCUGAGAGACACCAGAUGAUGACUGUCCUGAAUGAGAAGACAAGAGAAGCAAGCAACCUCAAGAAUGAAGUCCACAAGCUUCUGAAAGUCAUAUCAGCUCAGAAGUCUGCCCUGGAGAAAGCGCAAGAUGAUUUCAAGGAGCUGCACAAUGAAAGUAGAGGACCAAGAGAUGACAUGCAGAAGGAGGCCUUACAGAAACUUUCACGCAUCAUUCAAGAUAAGGAUCUUGAGAUUGAAGCAUUGAAGCAAAAGAACACUUCCUUGCUGGAAGUUUUGCAGACAGAGGCUCCAAGCAACAGUUCUCAGAUCUCUGGUGUUCUGUCUGAGAGUGAGAAACUCCAGAAGGAAAAUAGUGUCUUGAAGGAGGAGCGAGACCAGCUUGUGGUGAGUAUCCACCAAAAACACCAAGAAAGCCUGGCUUAUUACGAAGAGGUGCAGAGACUUGUGGGCAUUGUCAAUGGAGAAGUACACAAAUUUGGUAACUUGCAGAAGCAACAUAGUGACCUUCAAACUAAAAUGGAUGAAAUGUCAGAAUCAAUGAAUCAGUCCAAAUUGAAAAUUGAUGAAUCUUUUAGGUUGAAAGGUUCAUUAGAGGAGGACCUAGAGACACAGAAGAAUUUGGUUGAAGAGUUAGAAAACCAAGUUCAGUUGAUGGAUAACUCGAGGAUGGAAAUGAACAAGAGGAUAGAGGAACUGGAAAGACUUGAAUCAGAUAAAGCCAAUGAACUUGAUGAGAAAGAAAGUGAAUUAGCAUGUCUACAACGUUCCCUUGAUGAAAUCAAGAUAAAGCCAGAACAGGUUAUUGAGGAGACUCUUGUAAAACCAGAGAUGGCUCCUGUGCAAUUUAGCUCUCCACCAGUGCAAUAUGAACAGAGAAUGCAAGAGAAGGAUGCAGAGAUUGCUAAACUGCGAUCGCAGCUGCAAUUGCAACAGGUCACUCCUUCCGUGUCCAAGGAUGUCGAUAGCUCAAAAAGUGAUGCCCAGGAGCUUGCAUGUGUCAAGGAACAACUAGAAUCUCAGGGCCAUGCAUUGAUGGAAAUGGAUGGACUAGUAAAAGACAGAAGCAUGGAGCUGGAAAAGAAGAAACUAGAGGUUGCCACACUGAGGCAACAGAUUGACCAGCAAGACCAAGCCAUCCUAGAUCAGAAUACUACGCUUCAGAAGCAAAGUGGUGAUCUACAGCAAUUGCAUGUAGACCUGAAGGCUAAGAUGGAAGAGGCAAAUACGUUGCGUCAUCACACCCAACAGAUCUCAGCCCGUUUACAGGCUGUGGAGCAAGAACUCGCCAGAGCCCACCAGGAGAUCACGAACCAGCAACACAUGGUGCACAACAAGGACGGUGAGCUUCGACAGCUCCAGGACUUGAUGAGCAGGACAAGUGCCGAGGUGAGGGAGAAGGACUUUGAAAUAACCGCACUGCGGGACAAAUGUAAGACUCUUGCCAAGCUGGUGGAUGAAAGGGAAACGGAUGUUCAAGGAGAGGUCCGGAGGCUACUUGGCGAAGCAGAAGCGAUGCAGACACAGGCGCAACGUUUCCAGCAGGAGAGGGAUCAGGCAAUGCUGGCCUUGGAGAAGUGCCAGAGAGAUCUGCUACUACUACAGGAAGAGGCUGCAAUGCGAGGUGGCAACGAACAGAAGUUAAUGCGUGAGCUUGAGAGAUUACGCAGUCACCUGAUUCAGAUGGAAGACACGUACACCCAAGAGGCUUUGCAAUCCGAGGAAAGGGAGAAAGAGUUGAGGAACAGACUAAGUACCGCUGAAGAACACGCCCACACCAGCUCUCAUGCUGUGCAAAGCGCAAGUAAGGAAGCCAGUGUGCAGAUAGACAGCCUUCGGGACCAACUCAGUGCCAUGGUGGACCAAAAAGACCAGGCCCUGAUGCAGCUGACUAUGGUCCAGUCUGAGUCGGAGGAAUAUAUCCUGUCCCUUAACAAUCUCCAGAUGGUCUUGGAACAGUUCCAACAAGAGAAAGAAGCGUCGAUUGCAUCUGAAGUAGAGGUGUACGAGCUCAAGGCCCGAGAGAAGGAACGCAUCGCCGCCGAUCUACUCCAACAAAAUGUUGAUCUGCAGGAGAGGUUAUCGUCUGCUCAGGAAGCAUUAGAUAUAGCGUCACGUCUAAGUGAACAACUAGACAAGAAGGAAGAAGCCAUGGAGAAACUCAGGACAGAAAUGCACAAGAAGGAGGAAAUAUUGGGCGAGUUUCAGCGGAGAUUCGAUGAGGUCUCAAGCAGAAGCGAAACCAAGGUUGACAAGCCUCUUGUGAAAAAUCUGUUCAUGAAUUACUUGUCUGCACCUCAAGCCAAGAAACAGGAGAUGAUCAAAGUCAUCUGUAAUGUUCUUAACUUCUCAGAAGAAGAUAUGCACAAGUCUGGUCUUGGUUCUGGAGCUGGUGGGUGGUUAAGCGGAUUCUUCAGACGUACUCCUCAUCCCACUCCUCCUCCUUCGCCAACGAAAGCUAAUGCUUCCUUCACUCAGCAGUUUGUACAGUUCCUGGAGUCGGAGUCGACACCGAAGCGCAGUCCCCGUCUUCCUGUGGAUGAAAUGAGUCAGGACAGGCACCACCACCCCACGUACAAUCCAUUCUCUGCCCCCGUACCACAGCAAUCCCCAUUCAUCCAGCCGGGCUCGCCGGGGGCUGCGGUUGGUGCCGGGGCUGGCACUCCCAAGGGGCCAGGGGCUGCUCACCCGUUCCUCAGGGCGACCGGACAGCCGGCCACGCCGCUUGGAGCCGUACAGCCGGUGAUCGCAUCGGCUGGGGUGUCUGCGGGGAACCCCCUUGGAGCCGCCGCCCACUCAUUACCCAGCAUGCCUACGUUUGCUCCCGUGCCGGCAAGAGAGGGCGCUGCACCGGGUCGUGGGUCACCGCGAGGUCAAGCUGCUGUGCUUGAUGAUAUACUACAUUAGAGAAGGAACAUUGAUAUUUUUUUCAUAUGACAUUCCUUUUAUUAGACAUCAAAUACAUAUCAGCGAGUGGAAAGGUGCAACAAGAGUAAAAUAGUGGCUAGUUUGACCUUCUCCUUGCAUCAGACCUGAUGAAGUCUACUGAAUGUUAGCAACAAAUUCUAGAUAUUCAAACCUUAUUUUCACUGAAAAGUGGUUACGCCUGAUGAACUAGAAUUGAAAUUUGAAAUAAAAACAAUUUGCAACAUUGCUUUGUUCAGUAAACUGGACAUUGGUUUGAAAUAAAUAAUUGUACCCUUUCGUCCUUCUCUCUAUCUUUCUCUUCUCUCUCACUUUCACACAUUUUAACUAGCAAUUUGUUCAGAUAUAUGAAUAAUUGCCUAAUACUGAUGCUUGCUAAUAACUUUUCACAUUUUCCUUGACCAAAUUUUUUAUCAUUCUAUUAUUUGUGAUAUAGAUAAUGUUCAUUUUGUGAAUGAUGUAUUGAGGCAUCACCUUUUUGUUAACCCAAAAUCAUGAAAAUGUUGUUUCUUUUCUGAUUAAUUCUCUGUAUACUUUGAAAUCAAACUGUUAUUUACAAUUAUAUGGUUGUAAUGUAUUUAUGAUUGAUUAUAUAUUGUCCUACACAUUUUAUUAAUGAGAAGGAAAUAAUUGUUAAUAAAAAAAUAUUAGUUAUCUCAAGGAGAGCAUAUAAAUAAGCUUAAGUAAUAACGAGGCGUUUUAUAACUCCUAUUAUGGAAUUUCUUGGCUUGAGAUUUACAGGAUUAGAUAGAUUUCAAUGGAUGAGGCUGACAUUUGGCAAUGUUAUAUGAUUAUUUCCUUUUCUUAUAAAGAUUUACUAAAAAUUAUAUACCUUGCCAUCAUAUUGUAGGAUUCUUGUUCUCCGUUUUCUUCUUCUCCUUGCUUGUUCUUCUUCUUCUUCAUCUUCUUCUUUCCUUUUGCUUUUUCUCCUCCUCCUUCUUUUUCUUCUUCUUCUUCUUUUUUUCUCCUCCUUCUCCUUCUUCUUUUUCUUCUCCUCUUUUCUCUUCUUUAUCUUCUUCUUUAUUCUUCUCCUCCUUCUUCUUUGUGCUCUUCCUUAUGUGCAAUGUUGAGGGUUUGAGAGGCAUAGAUAUAUGAAUGUUUAUUUAAAAUGUAAGACAAAAAGCUUAAAAGUUUUGCUAAGUGUAAUUAUUUUGUAUGUUCACAUGAAUUUCCAGAUGUUUAUCAAUGGUAAUCGUAGUAACAAAAUGUCAUAAAAAUGCCAGCUCUUUUUCCUUUUUUUUAAUUUUUAUUUUCCCUUUUUCCCCCAGUACAUAUAUAUAUAUAUAUAUACAAAAGUGACAAAUGAAGUUAGCAGCUGUCAAUGAUAAUUGCAUACUCUUUUGUCAUAUAAGUGCCAAUUACUGCCAUUGUACUUUUUUAUGACAUUAAUUUUCUAGGAUAUUUUCCCAAAUUAAAUGCCUAAUUUUCUUCAUCUAUUUUGUAUAUUUUGAUAGCUGUAAGUGAAAUGCUGAAUUUAUAUCUCCGAUAAAUUGCCAAUACCUUUACCGACAUAAUAGUCUUUGUGUUUACAAUUUUAUUUUCAUGUUUAUAACUGAAUUAUAAGUCAUCGUAAUAUAUUUUAAUUUUCAAUUCUCGAUUGAGGAGUCUGUAUCUUCAAUUUAAAGUUUUAUCUGUAUUCUAUCAAUACCCUACUUUUCCUCAUAAUAUGCUGUACAUUUAAACCUUCCUAGUUAAUGUUCAUUGUUUUCGUCUCGAUAAGGAGUCUGUCUCCUUAAUUCAGAGCUUUAUCUGUAUUAAACUAGCCCACUUUUGAUUAUUAUACAGUUGAUUUAAAACAUGGUAUGCUGUUAAGCUGUUAGGUGCCUAGCUAAUAACAUACAACUAGAUGUGCUUUAUAUGAAUUAUAUGUCAGGAUACCUCUGACAACAUUUAGAUUUGUACUGGGGCCCAUUACACAAAACUUAGCAAAAUAUAUUUUUCUACAAUCGAUUGCAUUGACCACGAUGUAACAUCAAUUGUGGAGAUUAUGAAUAUGAUCAAUUGUCAGGCUUUGUGUAACGGGGCACAAACUUGUAUUUCUAUUCAUGAAGUGUUUAUACUCCAUUAUGGGCGGAAAUCCCAGGGGGGACGUGUCCCCCCUACCAAAAAUAGUAGGGGGGACACAAUAUCAAAUGUCCCCCCUACUAUUUUUGGUCUUUUAUGAUGGAGAGAAAUACAUCACUUUACAAUCGAUAUAAUACAUGUAUUUUGGACUAAACGACCUUACAUUUUUUGUGAAAUCCUUUUUUUUUUUUUUUUUUUGCUUGUCAAAUUUUGUUUGGGUUAAAAGGACCUUACAUUUUUGGUGAUAACUUUUUUUUUUUUUUUGCUUGUCAAAUUUUCCAGGCCCUGGUCCCCCCUACCUUUUGGGACAGAUUUCCGCCCAUGUACUCCAUGUAGUAGAUGAGUAAAUGUAGUACUAGACGUUAUAUUUUCUUUGUAUAUUUCGCAAUGCUUUUCCAAAUGUUAUUAUUGAUAGCAGACAUUAUUAAAUAUAUAGGCAAUUUGUCUGCCGAUUCAAGGUAUAUUGUGCUAGACAUUGGAACCGUUCUAGAAAGAGUCACAAUCAAAUGCAACUCUAAAAAAUCGAUCGCAACUUGAUUUUUAGCCAAUCAAAAGCCGCCAUUUGGGGACUUGCGCUUGAUUUUUUUUAGUUGCGACUCUUUGAGCAGCUGGCCCAAGGGAGAACACUUAACCUUGAAUUUUUUUUUUAAGGUGGGCCUAGGAUUUUUUUUAGUAGUUGGGCCAAGGAUUUAUAAAUCCAUCCAGUGUCAGAUAUUUAUACAUCAAAUUGAUAUUUGUACAGAAAUGGAUAAUACAUUUUUAUAGAAAUCUACUUAGAA